GUUCCACUUUAAGCUCGCAGUUUUGAGAAAUGAGCGUGGGAGGCGUCUAUCGCCGCAUCCGGGCGUUUCUGGAAGAGAAGAACAUCGGCGUCCUUGCUGAAUAUGUCCACGAGCCCUCAUACACAAGUAUGUGUGUAUGCCUGUCAGGGACUCAUCAAUCGCUUUGCUUGUGAUUCUUCAUUGUGACUUCCUUCAGGUGAGGAGAGCGCCAGGCUGCGCGGCGAGCGGCUAGAAAUCGGUGGCAAGGCGCUCCUGAUGAAGGCCAAAGAUGACUUCUGCCUCUUUGUCUUCUCCGCGGCGAGAAAGGCGGACUUCAAAGCCAUUAAGAAGAUCUUGGGCGUCAAGUCGCUGAGGUUGGCCACGGCAGAGGAGCUUCUUGACUUGACGAGGGAGGCGGACAGCCCCGAUGGGAGUGGAUGUGUCCCGGGCAGCGUGCCGCCCUUUGGGAUGCCGAUACUGCCGUUCAGACUCUUUGUGGACCCGUCGGUGAGUCAACACACACAUGCCAUGGCACACACUGACUGCCACGUGCGUGCAUGCCGGCUGCACUGCAUGGCACACCGGGCUGGCUGUGGGUGUGAGUGGUGUGUAGGUGAAGGAGAACAGUCAGAUUGCGUUCAACGCUGGCAGCCUGACUCACAGCCUGAAGCUCUCAACGACAGACUAUCUUGGUGUGUGUGGGGCUGAGAGAGUAUUCUCAUUCACGGCAGCCCAAGACACACCGCCACAGGGGGAGGGCGGAUGAGACAGGCUGACUGGCUGAUGCG